UCGGCACAGCAGCGGUUUUACUUUCCUUUUCCUCUCUACGGCCGCCCUCGCCAGCUGUCCCCGGCUCCAGGCUGCCGGGCUCCGGAGUGCGAACGUGCCUGGUGACUCUCUCCCCGGCCUGCAUUACAGGCUGCUGGAGCCCUGGGCCCACAGAAAGAUGGCGAACAUCGGUGACCUGCCCGAAGAUGUCCUGGUGGAACUCUUUUCCCUGGUCCCCGCCCGGGAGCUGAUCUGUAACUGCCGGCUUGUCUGUGUCCUGUGGCGGGAUGUGGUCAACUUAGCCACGGUGUGGAAACGCAAGUGCCAGCGGGAGGGCUUUUAUCAUGAGAAGUGGGACAAGACUAUCAAGGACUGGAAGAUCUUCUAUGUCCUCUGCAGCCUGAAGAAAAACUUACUCAAAAAUCCUUGUGCUGAAGAGAGCUUUCAGUCCUGGAAUCUGGAUCCAAACGAGGGAGAUGAAUGGAAAGUCGAGGAUCUGCCUGGGACACACGGGAGAGACUUUCCCAGCUCACACGUGCGCAAAUACUUUGUCACCUCUUAUGGGCAGUGUCUAAAGUCUCAGCUCAUUGACCUAAAGAAAGAGGGUUACUGGGACCAGCUGAUGGAUGAAAUACGGCCUGAUAUUGUAGUCAAGGACUGGUAUGCUGCCAGGUUUGACUGUGGGUGCCGUUAUGAACUCUGUGUGAAGCUGCUCUCUGCAGACUACAUCGUCCUUAACGAGUUCUGUCCGGAACCAGUGGUCAUAGAGCAAUGGAGUGAUGCAAAGUGGAGAGAGAUCUCUUACACCUUCCGCAACUACAAGGCUGGAGUUCGUCACAUCUUGUUCAAACACGGAGGACAGGACACGCAGUACUGGGCAGGAUGGUAUGGGUGCAGAGUGACGAACAGCAGCAUCACCAUUGAGCCAGGGAGGUCACCAUAGAGAGGCCACGAGGCAGACUCCGGCUCGGGGCCCUGGAAUCAAAAGGCCGCUCGUAGCACUUGGUGAUCUGCUUGAGCUCUGCCAGGUCAGACGUGGGCUGGUGUCAGCUUUUGGUUUUGCUGUCCCCAGCCUCUCCGUGAUUGUAUUUUCAUAUCCUGGCUGGAGUCUGAAGAGCAAGUGCUCCUGGGUAACACCAAGCCUCCUACAAGCUCUGCCCUCUGAAAUGACUUGUCUUCCCUGGGACUCCAUAUUAACCUCAUGCAUCUCGCACCAGGGACAUCAGCCAGGCCAAGCAGCCGAGUGUCUUUCUCACAGCAGGGAGUGUGCUCCGGGGCUACUGCCAACUAGGGAAUCGGCCUCUUCUGAAAGGCAUGGCUAACUCAGCACCCUGUCCCUCAUCUCCUCCCCUGUUCACCCUAAUUGAGCUUGGAUUGAAAAACAAGCUCUUGGCAGACGAGGCCAGUUAACUGAGUGGCGGGACAGCUGCGGGGCUUGGGUGGAAGUCUCCCCAGCAGUUACACCCCUAGAAGCAGACAGGAAGGAAGAGGGGGAGCCUGGAGGAAGGCAGAACUGGCUACUGCUACUACUGUACCCUGAGCCAGAAGCAAAGGGGGAUGCUGCCGGCUCACUGUAAACAUAAAAUACAAUAAACCAGGGUGGCGAUGAAGGAGACCCAGAGCGGUUAUGGUCUGUGGUUAAGGCCUGAAGGGACCAUGUGGGGACAGGGACCUUUGUUGUUUUCCCUACUUGAGUGUCAGGAUUUUCAAGUCUUUUUAUUGGAGCACUUUGCUUUGAAACAUGAGCUCUCUCUCCCUUCUCACAUAGGAGUUAGGGUUGUUUUGAAUCUUUCAGGGGCUUUGCUUCCAACGGUUCAUUGGGCACGGGAGUUAGAGAUGUAAACCACUUCUAAGUAGUCUGAAUUACAUUGCUUUCUUGGCAUCACUCAUCAAACAGCUGGGUUCUCCAGGCAGCCACAGAAAUAAGGUGAGACUGGAAAAUAAGGUGAGACUCCAACGUGUAGUGUGUAAAGCAACAACAACAAAAAAACUGCCAGGCCUCUUUUGUACGCUGAAAACAAAAACAACCCCCUGGACCUAAGCCCUCUUUCCCCUGUAUGUCACGUUGCCAUGUUUCCUACAUCUUGGAAAGAAACUAGACGCUGAUUUCAGCCUUGGGUGGUCCUGACAGCUGCAGAUUGACUAAGUAAAAUGAAGCUGGGACCAGGUUCUAGCUCCAGAGAAUCCUCUCCCUGUACACUAGUCCUGGGCAUUAGUGCUUUCGUGUGUGGAUAGAGGGAAGGUGCAGGGUGAUCCUAGGACCAAGGAAAGGGAGUUGGGGGGUGGGGUGGGGAAGAGGGGUUAUUUUUCUCUUCAUAAACUGUCUGCCUUACCCCUGAAGUGCUUAUGCUACUGGCUGGCCCAUAGGAAUGAAUAAAGUGAUAUGUAUAUUCCUA